AUGACAAUCGAAUCAAAUCAAGUGACUAAUUCAAGAAAUCAUGCAAUACUUGAUCGAUUUUGUAUGAAGAUAUUACCUCGAAUUCAUGAUAAAGUAGAAUCUCUUACUCUUCAAGCAUGUUUCUUACCAUGUGUCCUUCGUGCUACCAGUUAUCUUCAAUUACGCAAGCUUGUUAUUAUUAAUCUCAAGUUCACUAUGGCUUUGUACAUUUUCAAUGAUGGCAGUGAUACUUAUGCUUUAUCCCGAUCGUUAUUAACUGGUUUACCAUCUACAACAUGUUGUUCAUCUAGUAUUGUUCAUUUACGUAUCAAAAUGCAGAAUAUUGAUGAUUGUCUUUAUUUACUUGAUGGUCGUCUUAGUCAAUUACAUACAUUGAUUAUUACUCUAUAUUAUAUCCAUGAUCCAGUCCAGAUCAGGUUACGUUCACAAAAGAUUAUACGUCAUUCAUUGAAAAUCAUGAAUAAUAUGGUAAAUAACUAUAUUCAAUUGGAGAGGAAUGUUUUUCAGUCUCGACUAGAACUGUUGAAUUAAUCAUCUCUAAAGACAGUUAUUAAAAAUAUAUCAAUUUCGGACAAAUGAAGAUCCAGAAAUCUUGCAGUAAUUUGUUUUUGAAAUGCUGAUAUGACGUAUUCACUAAUACAUUCUUGAGUUGUUGUGUCAUGGUUUAUUCAUUUAUUUCAUUGAAAAAAAAAUCAUUCAGUUCUUAAGAUGAUUCAAUAAAAAUCGUAUUUCUUUAUGAAAUUAGUUACAUCACUGAGAUAAAAAAUAAUACGGAUAACUAUCAAAAUACUUCAGUUUGUUCUUGAGCUGUGUUAAAAUAAAAACGAAACCCUUGAUGCUCAUCCA